AUGGCACAAAUAGGAUUAGGAGAGUUGAUGCCACAAGCAUCACCAACAUGGCUAAAUACGAUCCCAAUCCCGACCAAUCAUUUAUUAUUACGCAAUCCUGGAAACAAUGAAGGUGUACAAAGUGUACUUGAUUUUCCUUUUGUCAAUGUCAACGUAGACAUGUCGAAAUAUCCGACGCCUUUGAAACAACCACCUCCAGAUCAUCCAGAAGUUCAAAAAGUCAUGAAAGAAAUUGAUUGGUCUAAAGUCCCUGAUGUACCCGUACGUGUUAUCAAAGAUUAUGUUGUUGAUCGUACUGGUUAUGAUGGACGUGCGGAUCCUGCUUGUUGGUGGUCAGCCACUACCUGUAAAACCCCGAAAGUCUCUUACCUUCCUGAAGAUAUCUAUUAUUGUCCUCGUGCUGGUGAUUGGGGUUUGAAUUAUGAUGAUGGUCCUUAUAAAAAAUGGUUCCCUGUCACUGAUGCUGAUAAGGCCUAUGAUCAACCAAGAUUUUAUAAUUAUUUAUUAAAUACAGGCAAUCAGAAAGCAACCUUAUUCUUUGUUGGAUCUAAUGUCAUCAAAUUCCCUGAUGCUGCUCAACGUGCGUUAGCAGAUGGUCAUACGAUAUGUUCUCAUACUUGGUCACAUCCUCAAAUGACGAGCUUAACCAAUGCAGAAGUAGUAGGUCAACUUUAUUGGACAUUACGAGCCAUCAAAGAAGUGGUGGGUAUCACACCAAAAUGUUGGCGACCUCCUUAUGGUGAUGUAGAUGAUCGUGUUCGUGCCAUCGCUUGGCAGAUGGGAAUGAGAACUUUUUUAUGGGAUCAAGAUUCUUUUGAUUGGAAUCUGCAUGGCACACCAUCUGGUGGUACUCUUGGAAAGGAUGUUGUAAAUGGUCAUUUUCAAAAAUGGAUAGAUAAACAAAUGGAUAAAUCUGUUAAAGAAGAGCAUGGUCACAUUACUUUGGAACAUGAAAAUAGUGAAGUGACAAUCGACAUUGCAGAAAAAUGGUUGCCUGCAUUACAAAAGUCAUUUAAUGUCAUCCCAAUUCAUCAAUGCCUUGAUGAACCACAUCCUUAUUGGGAAGAACAAUGGACUUACCCCACUUUGAGCAACCCUAAUCCCAAAGGAGAUGGCAGUAAAGCUCCAUUAGGUGGUUUCUCUAACAGCAAUGAUAAGAAUAAUAAGGAAAAUAAGAAUAAUACCGACAAGAAUAAUAAUAAUAAUAAUGAUGAUCAAGAAAAUGGAUCUAAUCAAGUCACUUUUAGCAGUAUGAUGUUGUACUCUUUAACUAUUUUGAUUUCUUUUUGGUAUGUCAUGAUAGAUAUCAUUUAA